UAUUUCUUAUCUUCUCUGCUUUCAGCUCCCAAAACACGCGUCGUAAGCAGCAAGGAGCACGAGAAAGCAAUCGACGUAACAAAAAUGAUCAGGCACAAAACGUAGACGCUAGCAUCUUGGAGAAUGAGCAGUCGCAAUUAGUACAACAGGUCGGCGAGGAUGGCGGUGGUGCGCCAAAAUCCACCAGCGCCACUAAUAGCGGUAGUCGUGCCAACGUUCUAUUGACGAUGCCAUACUUUCAAGCACUACUCAGCAAUUUGCAGCAUUUGUGGCCUUUUCAGAAAUUUGGCGAUUCGAGAGGACAUCACAUGCUGUUCGACAAGGGUCUACAAUUCGGCAUCGAUUUGGAAAAUUUCGAACAGGACGAGCCUAUGCGACCACAAAUCGACACUGGCGAUCUGCGGACCCUUGCAGCGUCCGAUGCAUUUGCCUCAUCAUCGCUUACAAUGCCAGAGGACAGGAAUGACGGCAGCAGCAGCAGUAGCAGCAACGUUAACWCUGACGACAAUGUUUGGCACGAACAGGAARCAACAGACCAUAUAACCGUCAUCACUAGUACAACAACCACGCUGCCAACAGUGAGCAAUGCYGUUGGCGCAACACACGMGGACGACUCACCACAUUCACCRCACGCCAGGUGGCAGAAGCAGGGCGAGCCAGAAACAGCCACAGUGKCCAMGAGUAACCAUGUCACGUACGAAUGGCGCAUCGGCGACUGGUCGGAGUGUUCAGAGAAGUGUGGYAAUGCGGGCGGUGCAGGUAUACGGAAUCAACAGAAUGUUGGCAAUAUUCAAACAGUAUAA